AAUAGCAAAACAUGCUAGUUUAUACACUUACUGUGGUAUGUAUAAGUAACUUCACUGCCCUUGAACUUUGAGACAUAUUUCUCACGGAGCUAUGACAGGAAGGAGGCGGAGGGAUGCAGGUUGUUAGCUGAACGUUUAUGCCUGUUUUGCCACCUUAACUCCAGUCAUGGCGGGGAUCUUCCAAAGAUCACUAAGGCUGCGGACAGCUCUCAGGCAUCUGAGCCCCCAAAGCCCCCUCUCAUGGGCAGUCACAGGAAGACAUACACCUCUGGACCUCCACUGCCCAUUCCUGCCCUCCACCUCAUGGCAGUUUGCAGCCUGCAGUCGAAAGCUGCACACUGGGGCGGACAGGCCCUCUCCUGCUGCAGCCCCAGACCGGCUGCCUUUCUCCAGGAUAACCCAGGAAGAUUUAGCCUUCUUCAGGAAGAUCCUACCAGGCCGAGCCGUCACAGACCCGGACCUGCUGGAGUCCAGUAAUGUGGAUUGGCUCAAGUCAGUGAAAGGCUCCAGUGAAUUGUUGCUGAGACCAGAAACAACUGAAGAAGUUUCUCAAAUUCUCAAGUAUUGUAACAGUCGUAAUCUGGCGGUGAACCCUCAAGGAGGCAACACUGGGCUGGUGGGGGGCAGCGUACCGGUUUAUGAUGAGAUCAUCCUCUCCACUGCCCUUAUGAACAACAUCCUCACCUUUGAUAGCAUCUCCGGCAUUCUGACCUGUCAGGCAGGCUGUGUUUUGGAGAACUUGUCUCUUUACCUGGAGGACAGAGACUACAUCAUGCCUCUUGAUCUGGGGGCAAAGGGCAGCUGCCACAUUGGGGGAAACGUGGCAACGAAUGCAGGUGGGCUCCGUCUGCUGCGAUACGGCUCCUUACGUGGGACUGUGCUGGGUCUGGAAGUGGUGUUGGCAGAUGGGAGAGUGCUGGACUGCUUAGUCACUCUGCGGAAAGAUAACACAGGAUAUGACCUCAAACAGCUGUUCAUAGGGUCAGAGGGCACACUAGGGGUCAUCACUUCAGUGUCCAUCCUCUGUCCACGCAAACCUAAAUCUGUUAAUGUGGUUUUUCUUGGCUGUGAAACCUUUGAGCAGCUGCUGAAGACCUUUCAGCUCUCCAGAGGCAUGCUGGGAGAAAUUCUGUCAGCCUUUGAAUUCCUGGACAGUGAGUGUAUGAGGCUGCUGAAUACGCACCUAAAACUACGCAAUCCCAUCUCUGAUUGUCCAUUCUACGUUGUCAUUGAAACAUCUGGAUCUGACUCGACACAUGACGGAGAGAAACUCCACCAUUUCUUAGAGGAGGCGAUGACGUCAUCGUUGGUGACUGAUGGGACUGUGGCAACUGAAGACUCAAAGAUAAAGGCUCUGUGGUCGAUGCGAGAGCGUGUCACGGAAGCGCUGACUCAUGACGGCUUCACCUACAAGUACGACAUCUCACUUCCUGUGGAGAGGAUCUACCAGCUGGUGACGGACAUGAGGGAGCACCUGGGGGACCGAGCCAAGAGUGUGGUGGGAUACGGACACGUAGGGGAUGGAAAUCUCCACUUGAAUGUCACCUCUCCUGCCAAAGACCCCGCUCUUCUGGCUGCCAUCGAGCCCUUCGUGUACGAGUGGACGGCCAGCUGUAACGGAAGCAUCAGUGCAGAGCACGGCCUGGGCCUGAAGAAGAGGAACUACAUCUACUACAGUAAACCCAGCCAGGCUGUGGCUCUGAUGGGGAACAUCAAGGCCAUGCUGGACCCUAAGGGCAUCCUCAACCCGUACAAGACUCUACCAGACGACCUUAAAUGACCCCAACUGUCUCACUGCUGUGGGGUUAGAGGUUAUGUAUACAGACAUAGCUAAAGCAUUUUAGCUAUUAGCAUAUUUGAUGGAAGAUCAUGCCCUAACUUGUGAUACCCUUUCACACAUUUAACGCAGGUGGUGCAAGUCGUGUCAUUGUUGUCUGCAGAGAGUACUACUUUCAGAUUAACAUCCACUUCAACUAGCUGUUAAAUGUGUACUGUAGAAGUCUCUUAGAAUAUCACAAGUGAUGUUAAUGCUAAACAUUAAGAACUACCUCGGCCACUCACACUGAAAGAGUGUGAACCACUCCUUAUUCCAUUAUUUUUCAAAUUAUAUUUUCAGUCUAAUGCAACAGUCCUGCCAUUACUCCUGCCUGAAGGUUAUAAUCAGGGCUGCACAUAACUGGUGCGCAGGUGCGCAUGCGCACCUCCGCCAAAAAAAGAGCACCGGGUCAUUUGAUAAAAGGCGCAUUUGCCCACCAACAUUGAGAGAGAGAGAGAGAGGGAGAGAGAGAAGGGAGAAGAGAG